CUCUACUUCCACCUCGAGUACCACCCACCAGCCCGCCAACCUCCCAAGCCCUCCUUCCCCCCUACCCUCACCUACCCACCGGCUUCUCUCCCCGUUCACAUCAUAUGGUACAGUAUGCACAGAGUCGCUCUCCCCGUUCACAUCCCCGAGUCGAUUACACCUUCUACUGCACAGAGCUGCACAGAACUGCACAUCCCACGCGAAACUGCACAUAACUGCACAUCUUACUACAUACAUGUUUUAGGAAAAAGCACAUCAUGUAUGUACAAGGGGAUGAUGUACAUAUUUGACUCUGCACCUCUCCUCCCUCCCAUCCACCCUGUCCACUCCCAUCCCUCCUCCCUGUUACCUGUUCAUCACUCCCCUAGUCCACCACUGCUCCACCCACCACCACCCCCCCUCCACAACAAGGGAAAGAACAGGGAAGAAGAUCAGAUUAGAUGGGACGGGAAGGAAGGGUUGGGAUGCGAGAACGCGGCAUGAGACGACGCCAUGAGGGGCCGAACCACCACGACAGAACAGAAACGAACAUGCUCAAACACACACCGUCGUAGCUAACAAACUCUCUUGUCUCUCUCGCUCUACGCCCUAUUUACACUAUAGCUCUACUAGUCCAACUAUAACUCCAGUCUACUAUAGUCAGUCUUCACUCCAUCCCUCCCUCGCUCUACAUUCACCCCCACGACUCUCACCACCAUCCUACUACACUUCUUACGCUACUUUUACACCUUGUUAACACACACAAACACACAACCCGGUGAUCAUCCCUCUCUUCUUCCUCUCUUCCUUCCACUCACCAGUCUCGCUGUCUUCCACUCUCACUCCCACUCCCACUUCCGUCUCCCACGCUCUUCUCACAAGCCAAAAGAAAAAUCCCUUCACACACAUACGCGCUUGUUUGCUCCACUUCGGGCAUCAUCAUCAUUUGUCUCUAGCUCUAGCUCUUUCUCAUCAUCCCAUCCAUCACCCACCCAUUCAUCCUCAUCCACCACCACAACCCAUCAAAUCCACAACCCACAGACACUAUCCUAUAAUACAUCCAUACCCUUACCCAUACCCAUACUCAUACCCCUACUCUCCAUCCAAACUAACCUUAACCACUACUCGGUAAUACUAACCAUGUCCUCCACUUAGUCAUCCGCACCGCUCUUUCUUUCCUUCUCUCACCAUCUAAUCUGAUCUUCUUCCCUUUUAUCUAUCCCCCCCCCUUCCCCCUUCUACUGCAUCCAUUCCCUCGGGAACUCCUCACAGCGAAAUUCCGAUAUUCGAAAUUUAUUUAUUUAAACUCCUGACACGCCCUUCACGCCCUGACCUUGUCACGUCAAACCUUUUACGUGGUUGAUUCUCUCGGCAGCUUGACUCGUGUAUUCUUAUACUUUUAUACUCAAUCCCGGGUUGACGGUUUACCUAUCCAGCUUUUUUGGAACCACCACUCAACGCGCCAUACCAAAACACAUGGCCAACAUCCCUCCCUCCAGGUCCCGGAGCACCGAGAGUCUCUUUUCACCCGGCCAAUCCACACCAACCAGCUCCGUCGGUGACAACAGCAGCGAUGUUCACUCUCAUCAAACUGCCACCACCACCCCCUCCACCACACCCCCCAACACGCCCCUAACCUCCCUAACCCACGCCUCCCUCCUCUCCCCCUCCACCACCUCCCCCACCACCCCCCUCAGCCUCCUCACAAUCGGCUUCGGCCCCGCCUCCCUCGCCAUCGCAAUCGCCCUCUCCGACCACCUCUCCUCCUCUCCCUCCUCCCCCUCCCCCCCCGUCCUCUUCCUCGAAAAGCAACCCCAGUUCGCCUGGCACUCCGGCAUGCAGCUCGCGGGGACACACAUGCAGAUUUCCUUCCUCAAAGACCUCGCUACGCCCCGCGAUCCUACGAGCCCGUUUAGCUUUUUGAAUUACCUGUUCACCAAGGGAAGGUUGCAGAAGUUUAUUAAUCUGGGGACUUUCUUGCCGGCGAGGAGGGAGUAUGAGGAUUACAUGCGUUGGUGUGCUAGUCAUUUCAGCCGCGCGGUCAGAUAUGGGACGGAGAUUACGAGGGUGGAUGCUGUGCACAACUCGGAAACCGGCAAGGUUGACAGAUUCAACGUCCACUGGGUCGAUACCGCCACUGGCGCUCCAGGGUCAGCGACAGCGCGCAACAUCGUGGUAGCCACUGGUGGAAGCCCAGCCGUCCCAACCCUCUUCGCACCCUUCAUCACCGGGCCAGAUGCGCGCUUCAUCCACAGCUCACAAUACGCAACCUCCAUCCCCCACCUCUCCAUCACCGUCCUUUCUCCACCCGCACCACAGCACCUGGUCGUAAUAGGCGGUGGCCAAUCCGCCGCAGAGAUCUACGUCGAUCUCUCUACCCGCUGUCCGGAGUCAAAGAUCACGCUGUUGGUGAAGGACACCUCCCUCAGACCAUCGGAUGAUAGUCCGUUUGUGAAUGAGAUCUUCGACCCCGACCGCGUCACUCCCACUUUCGAGAUGGCAGCCAAGGAGAGGAUGGAGAAGAGGGAGAGGGAUAAGGGGACUAACUACGGUGUUGUCCGUCUUGAACUCCUCGAGCGGAUAUACUCGGAACUAUACGCGCAGGAGGUCGAUGAACCAUGUGAAGAGAAGUGGAGGUGUAGAGUCCUUAACUCCCGCACGGUGGUGGGGGUGCAGAGAUUGGCUGGCGAGGAGGGACAGGGUGUGAGACUUGAGGUGGCGAGGACGGGGGUGGAGAAUGGGGAGAGGGAAGUGCUUGAGGCGGGACUGGUGGUGUUUGCGACGGGGUAUGUGAGGGAUGCGCAUGUGAGGAUUUUGGAUGGGACGAGGGGGUUGCUUGAGGCUGAGCGGGGUGUUGCUGAGACUGUUGGGGCGCCUGCUGUUGAGGAGGCUGCACCGGUUGCGGAGGCUGUUGAAGAGAUAGCUGUUGUUGAAGAGGUGGCUGCUGUCGAGGCGCCUGCUGCUGUCGAGGAGGCUGUUGAAGAGCUUCCUGCUGUUGCAGCGCCUGUUCCCGAGACAGCUGUGGAGGCAGUCGCUGUUCCCGAAGCAGUAACUGCAGAGACUGUCACCGAGACUCCCGUCACUGAGACUCCUGAGGCGGUAGCUACUCCUGCCCAAGCUCUUCCUGCUGCUGCUGUUGUAGCAGAGACUACAAAGGAAGUUCCGGCGACAGAAGGUAUCCCAGUAACGACCGCUCCGGCUGAAGAACCUGUCGCGGAGACGACCAGCACGACCACCACUGAGAUCGCCACUGAGACCACUGCUGAGACCACCACGGAGACCACCCCAGAACCAGAAUCUAACGCCGCGUCGGUGGACGAGGUGAAGGUGUCUGCCGAAGUCGCACGCGCACCAGCCGUCUUCCCAGUGGGUCGGGAUUAUAAAGUACAAUACGCCGAGGGCGCGGUGGAGGAGGGAGCGGGGAUUUGGUUGCAGGGGUGUAAUGAGAAGACUCAUGGGUUGUCUGAUACGCUAUUGUCUAUCCUCGCGCACAGGGGGGGUGAGGUGGUACAGAGUAUCUUUGGCCCCAGCAACACCUCUAAAUAAUUAGGUCCUGGUUGGCCUUGUCGCUUUGUCGCUCUCAUGCAAACAAUUGGUAAUAGCAGGGAGGCGGGGAGUUGCGAUGAGAGAAAUGAGAAUGAGGGAUAAGGGAUGAAAAUAAGAGAAAGGGAAAAAGGAAGGAAAAGAGGAGGGUAUUUAUACAUACGUUUAGG